AUGUUCCGGAGCACCCAGCCCAAUGCAUACGAUGAGAUUGUCGCCAAAACCACAGAUGAGAAUCUCACCAGCGAGAACUGGGAGCUCAUCUUGAAUCUCUGCGACAAGGUGCAAGACGAUGGAGAACAAGGUGCUCGGAACGUCGUUGCGGCCGUGCUCAAGCGGCUUGCGCACCGAAACCCAAAUGUUCAGCUAUACACACUGACUCUCGCGGAAUCGUUGACGAAGAAUUGUGGGAUCGAAGUGCACAGAGAAAUCGCGUCGCGCGCAUUCACGCAGGGGUUGGAGAAGCUGAUCACCGACCGAACAACACAUGACAAAGUACGACACAGGGCAUUGUCGCUCGUGGCCGAAUGGACUGCGGAUUUCGAGAAGGACCCGACGCUGGGCGUCAUGGAGGAAUGUUACGAAUCGCUGAAAAACAAAGGCUACAAAUUUGAAGCUCCUGACGAGCCGCCGCCGCCGGAUGUCGAGGAUGAGGUGCGCCGGCGCGAGGAGGAGGAGCUUCAGCGUGUACUCGAGAUGUCCAUGCAAGACAAGGGUGGCCGCCCGCCAUGGGAACAGUACUCUCUCGCCUCCUCCAGCGGUGCUGGAGGUUCCGGUACGAGCUCCGACCACCAUGAUUCGACAACAUCCUCCCGUCAGCAGAGCUACUCUCAGCCGCCUUCCUAUGGUGGCUAUGUACCCUCUGCGAAUCCGGCGGUGAAUGCAGACACGGUGAGCCCUCAAGGGACGCAGACGACCGCAGUUACGAGUGCCUCGCCGGCGCCCAGCGCGAGCGCGGGCUCGCAGUCCCAGAAUAUUCCAAUAGUCACUCGCGUUCGUGCGCUGCAUACUUUCGAGCCGACUGAGCCAGGGGAGUUGGCUUUCGAAAAGGGUGAUAUCAUCAAAGUGGUGGAUCGGGGAUAUAAGGACUGGUGGCGUGGUCAGUUGAAGGGAAGAACGGGUAUUUUCCCAGUCAACUAUGUGGAACCUCUGCCAGAACCAACGGCCGCUGAGAUCGCGAAAGAGGCCGAGCAGGAAGCGGCUGUGUUCAGCCAAGCCGCUAAUGUCGAUCGUCUCCUUACUUUGCUUCGUCAGAUGGAUGCUUCGAAGGAUAAUUUGGCCGAUAACGAGGAGAUUCAGGAAUUGUACCGGAACUGUAUGUCUUUGCGACCCAAGAUCGUCAAGUUGAUUGAUAAGUACAGCCAGAAGCGAGCUGAUCUUGUCUCCAUGAACGAGACAUUUGUCAAGGCCCGGACAAUAUUUGACCGUAUGAUGGAGGAGAGCCUCGCCAGACACACAGCAAGU